AUUGGGCCGGUUCCAAGCUGUGUCGAGCGGUCAUUUUGAGAUAUUCCCCCGUCUUUUGGAGUGAUUUCAUUAGGGUUCUUCUUCGUUUAACAUCGUUGUCUCUACCAAAUAAGCUAAUGGGUGACAAGAAGAAGGCUGGCGCUCUAUUCGUGAGGCUUGUUUCAACUGCUGGAACUGGAUUUUUCUAUGUGAAGAAGAAGACUAAAACACUUGUAACAAAUCAAACAAAGCUUGAAUUUAGAAAGUUUGAUCCUCGUGUGAAUUGUCAUGUUUUGUUCAAGGAAGAAAAGAUGAAAUGAUGCAAACGCCAAACUUGCGCGAAAUCCUCUUUCAAGUAGUAGUGUUAGCUUUCAUUUUUGCAGCAGCCAGUAGUGAAAUUAGACAAUAGGACCUUUGGCUCACUUGUGCUACGAGAAUAAGGGUUGUUUGUUUAGUUUUAUUUAUGCAAUUCCCUGAAUUUGUUCGGGAUCAUGUUGAAUGAAACAUAGUUAUAAAAGAAUUGAUUUCAUCAUACAA